AUGUUGAAGCCGUUGUUCGGAAAAGCGGAUAAAACGCCGGCCGACGUGGUGAAAAACUUGCGCGACGCUCUUCUCGUUAUCGAUCGGGUAGGAAAAUUAUCGUUAGAACUCCAAAAAGAGCAUCGGAUUCUAGGCCAACUUGGCCAAUUUGCGACUUUCGAUUACUGUCCCUAUAAAAAAACGUGUUCAUUGCAGCACACCUCGUCGCAAAACGAGCGUAAAGUGGAGAAAGCGAUCGAAGAGACGGCGAAAAUGCUGGCGCUGGCAAAGACGUUCAUCUACGGAUCUGACGCGAAUGAGCCAAACAACGAGCAGGUCACCCAGCUCGCCCAGGAAGUCUACAAUGCAAAUGUGCUGCCGAUGCUCAUCAAGCACCUCCACAAGUUCGAGUUCGAGUGCAAGAAGGACGUCGCGUCGGUGAGCGCCUCUUUUUCUCGAUUUUUUCCGUAAACUCCUCAUUUUGAGGUGUUCAACAACUUGCUCCGCCGUCAAAUCGGCACCAGAUCGCCGACCGUCGAGUACUUGGCCGCCAGACCCGAAAUUCUCAUCACUCUUCUUCUCGGGUCAGCUUUUUUCCAGGGUUGAUACGGAACAACAUCUCGCCGGUAGCCUCCUCCCAUCCAAAUUCGCAUUUGCAGAUACGAGCAGCCGGACAUUGCGCUGACGUGCGGCUCGAUGCUGCGAGAGGCGGUCCGCCACGAACACCUCGCCCGAAUCGUGCUCUACUCGGACUACUUCCAGCGCUUUUUCGUGUUCGUCCAGUCGGACGUGUUCGACAUCGCCACCGACGCCUUCUCGACUUUCAAGGACCUCAUGACGAAGCACAAGAACAUGUGCGCCGAGUAUUUGGACAACAACUACGAUCGGUUUUUCAGUACGUUUUCCCCCUUUUGUUUAAAAGACCAGGAAAGCCUUCGAGUUUAUGUGUCUGUCUAAAUUGCUUCUGUCCGAGUCCCAACGCGCAGAAAUGCCAAUGGACGGAACAGCGCUUUUUUAAAGUUUUGGCAGUGGCCUACAAAACUCCUUGGUCAUUGGACGGCGCCAAACAUUCACAAAAAUCAGCAGCCAUAAAUAAAUAGAGCAAGAGAAUCCAACUGCUAACAGGGAAGAGUUUUCACACCCGAGUUUUCUAUGCCACCCACGGCCACAACUUUAAUGCUGAAAAAGGAGAAUUGAAUUUUUUUUUUGCAGGCCAAUACGCGGCGUUGACCAACUCGGAGAACUACGUGACGAGAAGACAGUCGCUGAAAUUGCUCGGAGAGCUCCUCCUCGACCGCCACAAUUUCAGGUAGCAAAGUUUUUGAGAGGAACAUGUUGAAAAGUCAAGUUGAAAAUGGAGAUUUCUGAAAGAGAAGAAGACAUUUCAGCGAGAUAGCAUUUUAUUUUUCUAAAAACGGGUUUUGCAGCACGAUGAACAAGUACAUCACGAGUCCGGAGAAUUUGAAGACGAUUAUGGAGUUGUUGAGGGACAAACGACGCAAUAUUCAGUACGAGGCGUUCCACGUUUCAAGGUUCGCGCAUUUUCCUGCAAAACGUAUUUCGUUGUUCAGAUUUUCGUGGCGAACCCGAACAAGCCGCGCCCGAUUACGGACAUUCUGAAUCGGAACCGCGACAAACUCGUCGAAUUCCUGACCGCGUUCCACAACGACCGCACCAACGACGAGCAGUUCAACGACGAGAAGGCCUACCUGAUCAAGCAGAUCCAGGAGCUCCGCGCUUAA